AUGCUCUCGCGCGCAAUCUCCCGACAACUGCCGCAGCGCGCGGUGGCGCUCAGCAAGCGCACUUUUGUCGUCUCGGCCCGGCUCUGCGACGCCCAGGUCAACACCCUUCCGAAGAAGAACGAAACCACGCCGCAAACCACGAGCGAGGACGCCUCACUAGGCGUCACGGAGAACGCAGAGCUUGGUGUCUCGCAAGCACCCAACCGCAAGGAGAUCUGGUCCCGGAGCCAGCGGCCGCGGGGAGAUGCCAUGAGCGGGCCGCGAUUCGAGCAGACAGACUUCAGCCUUCAGCCACAAUCGAAAGCUGCGAUUGAGCUCAUUCACAAGCAGCCGGUGCGUUGGACCCACGACCGGAUAGUCGCCUGCGAUGGAGGUGGUGGCCCUGCCGGACACCCCAAGAUCUUCAUCAACACAGACAAGCCAGAGAUUGCUGUGUGCAACUACUGUGGUCUCCCUUAUGCCAAUGAGCACCACAGGCACCACCUUGAGGCUCUUCCCGAGACGUCUUACCCUCUUGCUUAA